AUGCCGGUGUUCGGCUACGAGAUGGCCACGUCGCAGGAUUUGUGCGGGGUGGACUACACCCCGGAGUAUAUGGUGACGGCGACCCCGUACGUAUGGGACAAAGCGCCCAUGAGCCCGUACCCGGUGUACCAGCACAGAUGCGCGGAGGACUCGAACUGCUUGACCACGCUAGACGGCUACAACAAAGACAGCGACAUGCAGCUGGAAACUAGUAGCAGCGAGGCCAGUGCCGCCAGUUCCACGUCAUUGUCGCAGCACUGCGCCAUCUGUGGCGACAGGGCCACCGGGAAACACUACGGCGCCUCCUCUUGCGACGGCUGCAAAGGAUUCUUCAGGAGGAGCGUCAGGAAGAACCAUUUGUACACGUGCAGAUUCAGCAGAAAUUGCGUGGUGAAUAAGGACAAGAGGAAUCAAUGCAGAUACUGUAGACUUAGGAAGUGCUUUAAAGCUGGCAUGAAAAAGGAAGCCGUACAGAACGAAAGGGACAGAAUCAACUGCAGGAGGCCGUCUUACGAGGAGCCAACCCAAGCGAACGGGCUCUCAGUAGUGUCGCUGUUGAACGCAGAACUCCUCAGUAGGAAGGUCAUCGAUGAGACGAACAACGUGACGGACGCCGAGAUAAACAACCGUAAACUGGCGAAGAUCAACGACGUCUGCGACUCGAUAAAGCAGCAACUGCUGAUUCUGGUUGAAUGGGCGAAGUACAUACCCGCCUUCACGGACCUGCACCUCGACGACCAGGUGGCGUUGCUGCGCGCGCACGCCGGCGAGCACCUGCUCCUGGGCUGCGCUCGCCGCUCCCUCCACCUAAAGGACGUGCUGUUGCUGGGAAACAACUGCAUCAUCGCCAAGCACCACAUCGACGGCCGAAUGGACAUAGACAUCAGCAUGAUAGGGAUGCGGGUCAUGGACGAGAUUGUGAAGCCGCUGAGGGAGAUAGACAUCGACGACACGGAGUUCGCGUGUCUCAAGGCGAUCGUCUUCUUCGAUCCCAACGCCAAGGGCCUCUCGCAGCCGCAGAAGAUCAAGCAGCUCCGCUACCAGGUGCAGAUCAACCUCGAGGACUACAUCAGCGACCGUCAGUACGACGGGCGCGGCCGCUUCGGCGAGCUGUUGCUCUGCCUGCCACCGCUGCAGAGCAUCACGUGGCAGAUGAUCGAGCAGAUCCAGUUCGCGAAGCUGUUCGGUGUGGCGCACGUCGACAGCCUCCUCCAGGAAAUGCUGCUAGGAGGAGCAUCAACCGAGGCGGUGGUGGAUGAGGGGGUGUCGGGUGCCAGCGGGGGCGCGGGGGUGGGUGGCGAUGCCUCCCCCCCACUAGUGCCGCAACUGCCUUUGCCGCCCCAGUACGAUACAGACGCCUUCAAACAGGAGCCCGACAUGAGCCCGGAGCCGUCAUCACGACUGGUUAAGUCUUCCGACAUAACGUUGUUA